CGGCCCGGCCCGGCCCGGCGGGGAGCGGGCGGCGGGGCCCAGGAUCGCCGGGCUGUAGAAAAGCUGAACGGAGCCGGCAGCGGGGUCUAAGCACGCUGACUGAAAAAUAAAUUGGGUCCCUUUGUACUUUUGCUCUAUCUCUCAUGCUAGUUUAUCGAAAGAUAGACACGAAAUGCUGUGUAGACAGUGACACCAUGGCUUCCACAACAGCAAUCGCAAUGGUGGACACUGAUGACAUGUUGAAGAAGUUUGGUGAUAAACUCAAUGCUGUCUUAGACAACUUCAAAGAAAAUACAAUAUGGCUGAUCGAAAUCCAGGAGGAGGCCGAGAGGAUGUUUAUCAGUGAUUUUAGUGCCGAGCCGGAAUUGAUGCCAAAAACUCCUUCACAGAAAAAACGUUGUAGAAGACGGCUAUCUGUGACCAAUGAUAACAAUAAGAGGAUUUCUAAAAGCAGAAAAAAAUUAAGGAGGUCUUCAGUUCAGAGAAGGAAUGUCGGAUGUAAACUCUUUAAGGAAGAUGAGAUUGCCUGCAUUAAAGCUGUGGAGCAGAUGCAACCAAUGCGCUCGACACGAUCAGCAACACGUGCAGCAAAAAGAUCAAAUCAAGAAAAUGAAAAAGACACCAAGGCUUCUUUUGUUCCAGUUGAUGGCAGAAUGCCUUUGGUUGUGUUAUCACAAAAUGACUGUCAGAGUUUGGAAUUACACCAUAAAUAUCAAAUGACAAAUUCACACCCGACUCAACUCACUUUUGAAGAUGUCACAUUAUCUACCAAGGCAUGCCAGAUAAAGUUUGAUCCUCCACGUGAAGCUGCUUUGGAAAUAUUGUCACCUGCUGCCAUGGUUGAGAUUGCUAGGAGCCCAAGUCGCUCAGCAAUCAAAGUGAAAAUAGCACAGUCUGCUACUUGUGGAGAAAAUGGAAUGGAGCGGGUAUCUGCUUUAAUUGUCCAGGAGUCGAAUAAUGUCGCCGAGGCAUCAACUAAUGAUGAGGACUGUAUCGCUGAAAGUGAAAAUAAGGCUCUCCGCAGAUCAGUACGAAGAAGCUUUGCUGUUCGCCGGUCCAAAAGAGCUAGUGUUCGGACUGUAAUGGUGCAGGCAGCCAUGAGGAAAUCACGCAAGUCUAGCGUUACAAGGAAGAAUAUGCUUGAAACCAUUACUUCCAGCUACCAAAACUGCAAUGACAAGUUAGAAGGAGAUGGUGAGAAAGAAUGUGUUGAAGUCAUUUCUACCAUUCUGCCUAAACUUGUGCAGCCAGAGGAGGUGAAACAGUCAGAUGUAUUAAUUCCUGACAAUCAAAAUAGGAGAUUCACGAGGAGUGCUGCAAAAUUUGUCAUCACUAAUCUGGAGAAUGAGGUGGAAUCUGCUAAACCGCAAAUAAGUUCACCAAGAAUCCAGAAAAGUGACAGCAGCGAUUCUGAUAAAUCAAGCUCUUCGGAUGGCCAGAGUGCUCGGCGGAAGCGAAGUUACAAGACUGCAGUGACAAAUGUGGACAAUUGGCCUGAGGAACUGCAAAAGAAGGUUUCUCCACCACAGAAGAAGACUACUCCGCGACGUGUUGCAACCAGCAAGAUUGUUCGACCAAAGCACAGAAGUUUCCUCCAUGCAGUCCAGAAGAAUAAUUUGCUGAUGACUCCUGUUUCUGUUAGUCAUACUAUGGUGAAGUCCUUCAUUAAACGUAAUACUCCGCUGAAAGUUGACCCCAAGGAACAGGAAAAAGUCCGUCUGGAAAAUCUUAAGAAGAAACGGGAGCAGGAAGAAGAAAGAAUACAGAAAGUGGAGGAGCAGAAGAAACGCAAAGUGGAAGAGUAUAAAAAAAAGCGAGAAAUGCAAGUGAGACGUGUUUUGGAAACUCGUUCUCGAGUUCAACAGCAGGACGAGGAGAAGAAAAAGAAAAUUGAGGAGAAAUUUGCUCAGAUUGAUGAGAAGACUGCAAAGGUGCGUGAAGGAAGAUUUGCUGAAGAAAACGUAAAAAAGAAACUAGCUGCCAAGAGAAUGGAGGAGGCAGAAGUUCGAAGGCGGCAAGAAGAAGAAGCUCGGAAACAAAAGCUGCAACAGCUGGGAGAAGAACGGCAAGAAUUAUUACAACGCAAGAAGGAGGAAGAGUUGGAACGGCAGCGUAAGAUAGCAGAAGCCAGAAAGCUUCAAGAACAACGACAAGCUGAACUCGAGAGAGAGCGACAGCAUGAAAGGCAGCUGGCAGCAGACAGGGAGAUGGCAAGGAAGAGAGAACUGGAGAAUAUCCAAGCAGAGAAAGAACGUGCACGUUUGGAAAAGGAACGAGCCCUCCAGCUACAGCGAGAACUGGAACGAACCGCACGGGAGGAGGCAGCACUCAAGGUUGAACGAGAAAAGGAAAAGCUUUACAAAGAAGCACAAGAAAAAGAAAAGCGGAAAGAACAUGAAUUCGCGGAGCUGGAAAGGCAGCGUUUAGAAAAAGAGAUUAGGAAAGAGAAGGAAAGAAAAGAACACGAAGAAAAUGAGAAGAGAAUUCGUGAAAAUGAGGAAAGAAAAUGGAAGGAAGAACAAGACAAGAAAGUCGAGAAGGAGAUUGCAAACAAAAACAUGCUGAAUGUGACUGUGGAGGUUCAUCACACCCCACCUUCUGUGUCUUACACAAUGACUCCCAAUGGUAAAAUCAAGUUGCCCAAAGUAAAUUUGGAAGAUUAUGGUAUGGACUUGAACAGUGAUGACUCUACUGAUGACGAGGGAGCACCACGCAAACUAAUCCCUGCUUGGGCGAGCGGUAAGGAACUCCAGAAAACACUUGUAAAGCAGUAUUACCAUCCGAUUGACUUGAACAAACUCUUCGGUGUUAUUCACCCACCUAAUCUGGAGAACAUCUUCAGUAAAAGCAAGCCACGUUAUUUGAAGCGCACUAGUUCUGCAGUGUGGCACUCGCCACCUCUAUUGAACAGGUUUAAUGUCCCCUGUGGCUUUAAGUACUGAACUUCUAUAUUUUACAGUAAAAAUCCAAGUACUGUAAAAUGUGAACUCUCUUAUCCUUUGAUGACUAUGAUUAUCAUGAUCUUAUUAUCUCGUCUAUCUGUCUUUGUAUUUGUAUAUGUAUAUAGCUGAUAAAAACUAGUGGGAGAGCAGUCAUCUGCUUCUCAGGGGCCUUUUAAUGCAUGCGUCUGCUCUGAUGUAUUUUACAUGGUGUCUUCAGGGAAUUUGGUCUUUUUAUUUCUAAAGACUCCAAUGUAUUGGGUGCCUCUGCAUAAGUUUUUUCAAAUGUGGAACAGCCUGGUAAAGUUUAUUUUACUCCGGCUGUAGUAAGGGUCUAUGUUACAAGUCUAUAUUUAAUUAUUGGAGUCGGCCAGGGAAGAAAAGGUGAAAGAUUCCAAAUAAAUAACUUGUAAAUGAGAGUGGCAGCUGGAAGUUAGAAAAUCUGAAUCUGGGAUUAUGGCAUUAUUAUGCAUGGUAUGGGACCUGUACUGUGCAUCUGACGGCAUACUUGGCUGAGAGCCACGUUACACUCCCAAAGCUUCUCAGCUGGCACAUUAACUGAUAGGUUUCGAUGUGCCAGACAUCUGGAAUAACAAGGCCCAGCUUCAAUUCAUGCUGAGUUAUGUUGGAGACAUAUCUGCAUGUUGAAAUCUUUUUCUACUCCCUUUCAGCUCAGACUUCUGAUUGUCUACUGCACUUGAGGGUUUAUUGUAUCUGAUUAGACUUUUUUUCUUCCUCACAAGCACCCUUGCCUGUUACUUAGAAGGUUAUGUAUAGAGAUAUUCGCUUGGAUAAGAUAUCUGAAGGAGACCAUGGAAUCAAGCCACAGCAAAAGUUGUCUCUUGAAAUAAGAAUAAUGGGCAACAAAGCCCCUUGUGUUCCAGAUGCUACACCUGUAGCACUGUGUGAAAUUCUGUCAUUCUUUUCACUAUGAUGACUGGGAUAAGAAGUUGAGCUGUGUGAUGCCUUGUGUAGGGAGUCUAUCUCGGUCUGACAAGUGAUUAAUUAGUUUAUUAAAAUCUUCUACACAAGG